GUAGCAGACGAAUAAUACUUUUAAAAAUACCAAAGCUGGUUUAAAUGUCAAACUCCACGAGAUUACAGAAAACCAUUGACAUAUUGAUCACCAAGACUACUUUAAGUUGGCAGUCAGUGUGCAAACUAGUCAAAAGGUGUCGCCUAUCAAGAUAAUGGAAUCAAUUAUAAAAUGUAUUCAACUGAUACAUCUGUUGGCAUUUAAUUUUGAUAAUCAAACCAAAACAUAUAUUUGUUGAAUAAUCUAAGGCAUCAUCAUAGUGCAUUAUUUUUUGAAAGUCACGUGGCUCUGACAACUGUCAACUUCUGCCAUCCUUUCGGGAGGUCAGUACUCGUACUGUUUGGAUGUAGAGGAAUUAGCAAAGCUGGUCUAAAUGUCCAAGAGCUUACAGAAAGCCAUUGACAUAGUCACCAAGGCUGUAAAAGAAGACGAGAAAAAGAAUUAUGAGGAAGCCUUGAGGCUGUAUACGCAUGGUGUGGAGUCCUUUCUCCAUGCAAUUAAAUAUGAGGCAGAUAGUGACAAAGCCAAGGAAAGUAUCAGAGCUAAGUGUAUUUUAUAUUUGGACAGAGCAGAGAAAUUAAAACAGCAUGUCAGUGGCAAGAAGCAGAAAGCAGUAAAGGAUGGCAGUAGUGGUGGAAAUAAAAAGAAAGGAGACAAUGACAGCAGUGACAGUGAUUCAGAAGGAAAUGCCGAAAAGAAAAAGUUUCAGACACAGCUGAAAGGGGCCAUUGUGAUGGAGAAACCUAACAUUAAGUGGGAAGACGUAGCAGGUCUGGAUGGAGCCAAAGAGGCUUUAAAAGAGGCAGUCAUGCUGCCCAUUGAAGGUAAAAGACAGCCACAGAGGGGUAUAUUAUUGUAUGGGCCCCCAGGGACAGGGAAGUCUUACCUAGCCAAAGCAGUAGCCACAGAAGCCAAUAACUCCACCUUUUUCUCAGUGUCUUCAUUUGAUUUGGUCUCAAAGUGGCUCGGAGAAAGUGAAAAAUUAGUAAAGAAUCUAUUUGAGAUGGCAAGAGAACACAAGCCGAGCAUUAUUUUCAUAGAUGAUUUUGACUCCCUCUGCUCGUCCAGGAGUGAUAACGAGUCUGAGUUGGCCAGGAGAAUUAAGACAGAGUUUCUUGCACAAAUGCAGGGUGUUGGAAAUGAUAAUGAUGGAAUUUUGGUGUUAGUAGCCACAAGUAUUCCUUGGGUUCUUGACUCUGCUUUAAGGAGAAGCUUUGAGAAAAGAAUCUACAUCCCACUCCCAGAAGCCCCUGCUCGAGCCACCAUGUUUCAGUUGCAUCUUAGAAACACCCCAAACUUUCUCACCCAAGGGGACUUCAGAGUACUAGGACUGAAGACUGAGGGCUACACUGGAGCAGAUAUCAGUGUAGUAGUAAGAGACGCACUCAUGCAGUCAAUGAGGAAAGUACAGAAUGCUACACAUUUCAAAAGGGUAAGAGGACCAUCACGGGAUAACCCAGAUGUCAUAGUCAGUGACCUCUUAACCCCUUGCUCCCCGGAUGACCCUCAGGCUAUGGAAAUGAACUGGAUGGAUGUGCCUGGAGAUAAAUUUUUUGAACCUGUUGUUUCUAUGAGUGAUAUGCUGAUGUCUCUUGGGAUGACGAAGCCCACUGUUAAUAAGGCUGAUCUGGACGAAAUGCAAAGAUUCACCGACGACUUUAGAUCAGAGGGAUAGUUACCCUAUCUCCCAAUGAGGAUGAAUAUGAAGAUUCUUCUGAUAAAUUUAGAUAAAAUUUGAUUUUGAUCAUGAUUGUAUAUCUCUUUGUAAUGGUUUUUAUGAUUUUUGUCUUUGUUUAUGAUUUGAAGAAACAAGCUACAAGUUUUUCUACCAGCAUGACUCCAAAGAUUUUGGAAAUUUUGGAUUAUAAAUAGUUACCCCGAUGACAUUUUUGAACAGUUUUUAUGUGAAUAGUUGACAUAUUCAUGUCCUUUUUUCAUCUGCUGGCAGUUUGGAAGAUUAAAGGAAAUUGUGAUUUUAAGAUACUAGAACUCCUGCUGCAAUGACUGUUAUGUGAUAAUAUAUAUAUAAUUUCUCCAGAAACUGGAUUUAUUUAUGUUUUAUAACCAUAUUUUUUGUUUUGCUAUUUUUACAACAUAUUAACCAUAAUUUGAUCAGAAAUAGUAUAUCUUUUUCAAAUUGAUAUUUGCAGUACAGACACAUGUUACACAAGUCAAAAGAUAGUGAAAAAAUUAUCAAAUCUUGUAUAAUAAAUUUCAAAACUUAAAACCUUACUCUUUACACAUUGCAAAAUGUACUCAAGGUGAUAUUUUUUGCAGAAUUUUACCCAAUCUUUUCUAAGACUUUUGCAUUAGUGCAUAAAAGCUUUUUGUUGUCUCUUUUUAAAAUAAUUCCAAAAUCAGGCCUACCCAACUACCAGACUCGGCACAUAAGGAUCCUGAAUU